CAUGAAAAAUCAAAUGUAAAUUUCGUCCUUUCAAAGGAAUUUUCUGAAAGCUUACAAAAUUGUAAAAACCUAACGAAGGCUUUCUGGUUGAGCAAUAACACGUACCCUCCAUAUUUGGAAUGUGUUUUAUGAAAAAUAUUUAAACUUCAAGAAACCCACAUGGUAACCCAUGAUCAAACAUAGAUCAGUCCAAUUACGACUUUAAACCAAUCAACGUUCUCCUGAGAUGAAUCCAUUCUUGGUAUGGGGGAGGAAGUGCUUCCACACAUCAGGAGUUCUGUGGAGGAACAAGAAGCCAAGUAAUAAAUUGAAAGGAAAGAGUCCAAGUUCUCAGCAGUGGCUCAGUCGACAGUUCAAUGAUCCUUACGUGAAACAAGCGAAGGUUGAAAACUAUCGGGCUCGCAGCGCCUUCAAACUCCUGGAAAUCGAUGCCAGGUUUCGGCUGCUGAGACCAGGGCAUGUAGUGGUGGAUUGUGGGGCUGCUCCAGGGUCAUGGUCUCAGGUUGCCGUGGAAAAGGUCAAUGCACAAGGAACAGACCCAAACAAGCCCAUGGGAAAGGUCAUCAGUGUUGACCUCCUACACUUUGAACCAAUAGAGGGUGCCGUCCUGCUCACCGAAUCGGACUUCACUCACCCCGCGACGCAGUCACGAAUCCUGUUACUUCUCAACGGGCAACUUGUGAACAGCGUGCUCAGCGACAUGGCGCCCAACUCUACCGGCAUGCACGAGAUGGAUCACGAGAACAUCAUCGGGCUGUGCAAGUCCGCGCUCGGGUUUGCGCGGGACAUCUUGCGCGAGGACGGUCAUUUCCUCUGCAAGUUGUGGGACGGCCACGAGACCGGACGACUGAAGGAGAAACUGGCGGCGGAAUUUCGCGGUGUAAAAGUGGUGAGGCCGGACGCCAGUCGCAAAGAAUCGUCAGAGAUCUUCCUUCUGGGACGAGGAUUCAAGAGAUAUUUAGUCCAUCCGCUAGGUGGCAGUCUUCCAAAUGGCAGAACUUGAGCACCCCUAAAACUAGUUGGAGAACAAGGUUUGCGAUUCAACAUCCAUGGAAAUAUGUAAUGGGGGCUUAGAGACAGCAACAUGAUCUCCCAUUAGCAAAGGAUGCAGGUGCCAAAGUUACAAAGAGAAUAGACUCCAUAUAAGCCCCUACCAGUGCGCAAGUGGGGCAUUGGAAACAAUACGUGCGCCUCUUCGAUCCCACAAGUGCAUGUUCCAGCUGCGCGCGUCAUAUGCGUGUGUGCUCACGUCAUAUGGGUG